UGACGAACCCUCCCAACGCAAUUUUCCGCCGCAUAUUCAGAGAUGGCGACCCACGAGCCGUCGAGGUAUCUGGCACGGGCGCUGCCCAGAGCCUUUGCGCCUUCUGUGCGUCCCCAGUCGUCGUGUUGGCGGCGCAAUGCCUCCAGCCAAGCGUCUUCGGGCCAGUCGUCAGACCCUUUCAGCGAGCUUGAAGCCGGUUCUUCGUUGGGUGCAACAGUCCCGGAAGACGUUGUCAAAUCAUUUGAUCCGGUCAAGAAGGCAAGGUCAAGAAAGGUUCAGCUGCCACGGAGUCGAUACCAAUUUCGUUCUCCCAAAUACGACCGCGGUCCUCUGCAUCCUCACCGGCCUCCGCCGCCAUCGAACCCUGCCUCGCGUCUUUUCGUUCCCGGCCCUUUCUCUCUGCCGCGAGUUGAGCAGACGUGGAAGACCACCAUUGCGUCGGAUAUCAUGACUCUGUGCUAUGUGCACAACCCUCCGGGAUUCAUACCACCAACCAAAGCCCCUCGCCUGCGCGAAUGGGACGACAGCUCUCCCUACCACCGCAACCGACAGCUACGAGGACCUCGCGGUGGUGAUGUGCUGCGGCUGCUCCGCAAGCCGAUCACGUUCAACAAUAUCCCCGAAAUCGAGCGGAUCACCAUCCACAGCUACGUGAAGCAAGCCGCCCAAGAGAGUUCUGCAUGGCUCCACGUCUCGGGAAUGGCCGUGCAAGCCAUUUCCAAUGCUCGCGUUGAGACGUUCAAGUCGAAGGCCAGCGUGGCGAGCUGGUCGCUCGUGCCUGGAAAAAACACGGUGGCUGUCAAAGCUGAGCUCUAUGGCGAGAACAUGCUCCAUUUCAUGGGCAAGCUGAUCGAUGUGGUUUUGCCGCGCAUCAAGGACUGGCAAGGUGUCAAGGGCACCAGCGGAGACAGCAGUGGGAACAUCACCUUCGGUCUGGAGCCGGAGCACGUGGCCCUCUUCCCUGAGAUCGAAGUCAACUACGAUAUGUAUCCCCCCAAGAUGAUCCCCGGUUGUCACAUCACCAUCCACACCUCUGCGCGCACCGACAAGGAUGCCCGUCUUCUCCUCAGCGCUCUUGGAAUGCCUUUCCAUGGAAAGCUCGUGGACUAGACUUGAGAUUGUUUGGAAGAACUAAUUAUUGUUCAACUUCUGGGUAUAUGGCUUUCUGUCCGCUGUAUACUAGUGUUGUCCUUCCUUGCCAUCGUUGUAUUAUAGGUAUUAACAUUAUACGGUUCGGUUCCGGUAUCAUUUAAACAUAAAAUUCAUCCUCUACACCUUCC